AUCCCAUUUGCUAUUUUACCUGCCCAAUAGCAGAGACCGAGCGCGUUUUAACUUGGCCGGCAUUUUUUUGAUUCCAUCAUUCCAUCCAUCCAGCGCAUGUUUGACGCACUGAUCCCUGCGCUCUCGCUCCGAUCAUCCUCGGGAGGUGGACGCACGCAGCUGGGUGCGACUUCUACUAUCUCUCUUUCUCUUCUUCUCACAAAUCAUUUUAUCCGAGAAGAUCGUUUCGUCAGGUGUUUCUACCCCCUGGUAAGUUUUUUUGGAUGGUGAUCCACAUCGGAGAGUAAAACGGUGAUGGCAGACUCUGAUGCGCAAGAGACUCGCCAACCAGCAAAAGACUCACCCUUCUCCAUAAAGAACCUGCUGAACAUCGAGGACAAACCCGCGAAGCAGAAGAGCUUCCUGGGCUCGUCCAGAGGAGUGUUUGAGGGCAGCUUCUUCUCCCGGCUCGGUGAAUUAUCUUUCCCUCGGUUUGAGCUGCCCUCGCCACAGAGGAUUGGACUCUCGGGGCAGUAUCUGGACAGAGCGUCUACCUGGUGGUAUCCAUACACGCUUGGGGCUCAUCUGAGGAGCGGAGUGUCUGAGAAGGCAACCCCGAGGGAGGCAUCACAGGCACCGGACAGGCGCUCCCCGGACAUCCAGAAAAGUGACCUGCAGGAUGUCAAAGAGGAAAGCGCCGACGACGAGGUCACGCUGGACGAGAGCGACGCGGAGGAGCCGAAGAGAGAGCUGGACCCGGAGGACGACUGGAGGAAAAAGACGGACGAGCUGGACGCCGACAAGAAGCCGUGUCGGAAGAAGAAGACGCGCACGGUGUUCUCCCGGAGCCAGGUGUUCCAGCUGGAGUCCACCUUCGACAUCAAGCGCUACCUGAGCAGCUCGGAGCGCGCGGGCCUGGCCGCGUCCCUGCACCUGACGGAGACGCAGGUGAAGAUCUGGUUCCAGAACCGGAGGAAUAAGUGGAAGAGGCAGCUGGCCGCGGAGCUGGAGGCGGCCAACCUGAGCCAUGCGGCGGCGCAAAGGAUUGUGCGGGUUCCCAUACUGUACCACGAGCACGGGGCCCCGGACUCGACCGGGGGCCCCUCUGCAAACUCACCGGGCAGCCAGUCGCUGCUGGCUUUUCCCCACCACAUGUACUAUUCCCACCCGGUGCCACUGCUGAGGCCUGUUUAACACUGACUGUGUCCAUUCAGCUGUAAAUAUGUUUUUAAACGAGAGUGAGCUUCAGUGAAAAAAAUAAAAAACAUUUUGUAUAUUUUGUAGAUUAAUCGGACACCAUGUUAGUUCAUAUUAUUAUUAUUAUUAUUAUUAUUAUUAUUAUUAUUAUUAUUUGUCCUUUAUCCUGCUGAAGUGUAAGCAAGACACAAAUUACCUAUUACAGCCCCCACUCAAAAAUUAUAAUUGUUAUUGUUGUUGUUAUUAUUAUAGGUGAAAUCAUUACGUUUUUAAAAGUGGUUGCUGUUCCCUUAGGAAAAAAAGAACUUGCUUUAAACAGGGUUUACUGUCCAUAUGUAUUUUACAGAGAUUUGUGUCAGUGUUUGUACAAAACAUGUGGAAUUUAAUAUUUUGGCAUUUUCCAACAUUGUGCAAUAUUUCUGGCUUGACAUUAGACUACCUAUAGUUACACUUUUGCAGGAAAAACAAAUAUAAUUUUUUCUCUUUGUCAUGUAAUAGUGAGGACAAUCAUGUGAUCCUUGACAAAAUAACCAGAAAAGCUGCAGGUGAUGUCAUUGUUUUUAAGGAUGCAAUGUUUUGCCGGUGAUUUUAAAGCCAUGAAAGAGCCAAAAAACCCUCUGUUCUUUUUGUGUAUGUUUUUCCUCUGAUAUUGUUAUUGAAAUUCUGUAUAUUCUAUGGUCUUACACCCAGUAAAGAAUUCCUUCCAAAAAGAAAUAUGUUCAAGAGUGAUGUACAUGAGGGAAAAGAAAGGAUUGUUGGUUUAAAUCAUGUUGUAAAAAAUCUUGGUUUUCAAA